AUGCCUCCGCAGGAAAUUAAGCAAACGGUUUCAACUUGCUAUCAAGGCUACACACUGAGAAAUGACAAAAAGUGUUUCCGAGAAGUCAUUGAAGCUCCACUGGAAAUCAGUCCGGUUGUGAACGUUCCUUAUUUGCAACGUUGCCCACCCGUGACUCCACCACAAACUGUGAAAGUUGGUGUCGCAUCACAGCUGUGUGAAAAGAAGAUUCGAGUUGAACCCAUUGUUCUCCUUUCAUGCCCUGAGGGAUUCGUUGAAAUUGAGGACGAGCAAUGCUGGCGAGAGGAAGUCACUGCUCCAGUGAAAGUUUGCGCGUCCAAAGAAGGAAAGGACGAACUGGAUUGCCCUCCAACUACAAGAUCCUCCAAGAAGGUUGCCAAAUGCCCAAUAGGAACUGAUCGCGAGAAAGAGAGAUGCUUCCAAACGACAAUAGUGCCCCUCGUGAAUGUCUGUCCCCAUGGCUGGACGGAUUCCGGAGAGGGUUGCAUCGGUAGCGUUGAGACUCCAGGAGUGGAAUGCCGUCCCGGUCUUCGUCUUGUGGGUGAAAAAUGUGUUGGGGAGCUUGUAAGACCUGCCAUAACAUUGACUCUCAAAGUACCCGCAGAAGACUGUGAAACAAAGAAGUAUUAG